UCGCGGUUUUGCCACCUCUAGAUGCGACGCUGCCGAGUACAAAUAAAAUUUUAAAUAAAUCGCUCGCAACGGUCUAUAACAGCGGCUCAAAUCGCAGGUUUGCUUCCGGAAAAUCUGAUAAAUCCGAAAAGAUAAAGUGCGCCGAUCCGAGAGUGUGGCGAAAAGUGUGAAAGUGAAAAAGUGCAGUGCGUCGCUGCAGUCCCACUCCGUUUUCCUGCCACAAGCAUCUCGGUGGUGGCGACCAAAACCAGUUAAACCAAAGCCAGAAAAGAACAAAUCCCACAUCCGCCAUGGGGCUCAACGGCUGCUGUUCGUGCGUCAAAUAUCUGAUGGUCCUUAUAAACAUUUUAUUCUGGCUCAUUGGCCUGACCAUCGUGGUCACAUCCGUCUGGAUGCUGACAGAUCCCACGUUCAUGCUGUCCAUGACACAAUCCUACAAUCAUUACCAUAUAGCCCUCUACGUUUUCCUGGGCAUCGGCAUAUUGAUCACCCUGGGCGCAUUCUUCGGCUGCUGGGGCGUGUGCCGAGAGUCGCAGUGUCUGCUGGUUUCGUUCUUCUGUGUCAUACUCAUUGUGAUGGUGGCACAAAUUGCAGCCGGUGCCUGGGCCUUCCACAAUAAAGAUAAGCUGGAUGACAUUGUCCGGGCGGCCGUCAAGUCCUCAGUUCAGGAGGAGUACGGACAGUCCACCAUGAGUUCGCGCACCGUCACAUUCGAUACGCUGCAAAAGAAUUUGAAGUGCUGCGGUGCCGAUGGACCUGGCGAUUGGGCCACGAGUCGUUUUAAUAACGUGGAUCGCACAAAUAUUGUGGAGAUUGCCGUUUCUUCCAUGAAUGUCUUCUACAAUAUACCCGAAUCCUGCUGCAAAGAUGAUCUAAAGGAUAAUGAGUGCGAUCUGUCGCGUCGUUUGAAAUUUGGUGGUCCCCUAAAUGCUGCCAUUUAUCAGCAGGGCUGCGUUGACAAACUGAUUGAUAUAAUUUACGAGAACUGGGUCACCAUCUUUGCCGUCACUGCCGCUGUUAUUCUGCUGGAGCUGCUCUCCCUGACCUUCGCCCUGAGCCUGUGCUGUGCGGUGAGGAAUCAGCACUACAAGGCCUGAGAAUUACAGAACUCCCAUAGGGAAAUAACGGACGAUGAGAAGUACUAACAAACCAAAUCGAAACGGAUGCAUUGCGAGCGUUAUUACUAAAGGCGUGUGCGUGCGAAUGGGGGUAUAUGCAUUUAGCAGAUAAUGUCCGACGUCCCCAGGUCAAUACUUUAACAGCAGCAAAAAAAAAAAACGACAAACAACAAGAACAACACGACAACACCACACUUUUGUAGUACUUUUAACCAGAAGACAAACGACAGACAACAAGCUGAGCAAUUGUAUUUGAGAUACGACAACACCUUUUGGGAUUUGUGAAGAGUUUUUAAAGCACAACGCGAGGCAAUGUCGCGGAAAGUGGACUUUAUAUGAACUUGAUAUGCUAGCAGAGCGAGAAAAAACAAAAACAAAAUGACACUUUUCUAAACAAGAUAUUUCUACAACAAACACAAACAGUAAACUUUAUAUAAACAUUAACAAAAGAGGUGGAUAAUCUAUGCAUAUUUUUUUUUGUUUACAUUUUUGGAAAAAUCGAUGUUCAUGUGAAUUUAUGUUCACUUUAAGUUACAAUUUUCCCUGUAUAAUUAAUUUUUAUUUGUUUAUUUUUGAGACACUUUUGAUUACAAAUUUAAUACAUUUGUAUGUGUAUUUUUUAUAUAUUUUGUUCAAUCUUAGCUUUUUUUUACUAAAAAUUUAAUUCAUUUAUUUUUAUUUUUUUGUAAUUACCGCGAACAUCGAUCUCUGCAAUCAAUAUGUUUCUCCACCUCUAAAAACAAGCUCCAUAAUACUUAGCCUAGCGAGAAUGUUUCGAAUUCAUAGAUUUAAUACAUAGCAUGUGUAUUAAAUAUAUAGAAAAACAAAAACAUAAGCACAAAAGUAUAAAGGUAUAAAAGUAUAGUGUUAAAUGACAAAACCAAUGGUUAAAUGUAAACAAAAUGAAAAGCAAUCAAAUUUCUUUCAAAAUUUGUUCCCCCUGCCCCCCAUAAGACUUUUGAUUACCAAUUAAGUUUUCUUUGUGGCCAUUUUCGUACGCUAACACAAUGCCAAAUGAUGUAAGUAACAUAUGAUAUAACACACAGCAUUCCACAAGAAUGAGAAUGAUUGACAGAUUUUUGUUCUGGCUUCAACAAAAAACGCAUUGCCAUCCAAAGACCCAGCCCAAAAUAUAUAUUUUCCAAUCAUUUUUAUGAAUCUUGUGCAAAUUUUUGUGCUAAAAAAAAUCAAUUCGUAGAGCUUCACGAAAUUAAAUGCCAAAUAUUUUAUGUAUUUACAAAAUUAUAUUAUUAUUUAUUUAUGGUUUAUUUUUUUGAGCAAGGAGCAAAAGGAACAUCUUAGCAUUGAAUAUGUAAUUUAUCCUUAAUCCUGAAAAUAGGACUAGCAUCCCUACUGUUUUUAAGUAGUCUUUUUAACUGCUCCAAUGAAUUAAUAUUGGGUAAUCGUAACGAAUUUUGUCGAAUCCAACUUACCUGCAUCGAAAACAAAUUUAUUAUUUAGACAUCUCAUUGUGUAAGUGCAACUAUUUAUAAAUGGGAAGUCAUCAAAAGUAGCACAAAAUGUUAAAUGGCAAGUACCAAGCACACAAACAAGAAAAAUCUCUAUAUUUACAUUGUAUUUUUACCAUACACCAUCAACUAUAAUUAAUAUAUAUAUAUAUAUAUACAAACAUACAUAUAUAUUUUUUGUAACAUUUUCAUUUUAUUGUUGUUAUAUGUGAAUUUUGUUGUUAGUUAAGCGUAGCCUGAACGUCACACUUUGUACCCCCCUCACAACGUCUAAAUAAAUUAAUUAAAUAAAUUAAAUCUACAAGGACAAAAUUAUAUUAAAUUUACAAACUAAUGAAAGAACCCUAAAAUAUAUUGUAUUUAAAAUAAAUUAUUUAUUUUAAAAUUCUUAGUAAGUCAUGGAGUUGAAUUAAAUACACAGUUCUAGGUUAAGAGAGGAGAAAUCUGCAUACAAAUUAAAUUCAUGUUCAUGUGUUGGAUUUGUAGCAAAAAAAGAAAAAAUAAGAUAAAAGCAUUGAAAUAUUUAAGAAAUGCAAUUUUCAAAUUAAACAUCUCUUAACCUUAAGGAGAAUUGAAUGUAGCAAAAUAUUUAUAGCACAAAAACAUCAUCAAGCAUAUAAAAUCAAAACCAAAAACAAAAAUAAAAGAAUCUACUCUUCAAAUAACAUUAAAAACAAUCAACUCGGCAUCUUCAUAGCAUAUGGAAACUAAAUAGUUUGUAUGAAAAAACGGCACAUUUCGCAAGAAAUCCAACUUAAAAUGGAUAAAGUUAUACAAUAUAACGAUGCUCAAGAUCUGUAUUUAACAACAGCAAUAUGUAAAACCGAAACAUUGGAUAUUUGAGGCAAGUAAUUGUGAACAGUGCGGCAUUAAAACUGAUAUUUCAAAUAAAUAAACAUACAUUUAAACAAA